AUGAGGAAAAUGGAAGCGAAGAAGGAAGAGAUAAAGAAAGGACCAUGGAAAGCCGAAGAAGACGAAGUACUGAUCAACCAUGUUAAGAGAUACGGUCCUCGUGACUGGAGCUCCAUUCGAUCCAAAGGUCUUCUUCAACGCACUGGCAAAUCAUGCCGUCUCCGUUGGGUCAAUAAACUCCGUCCCAAUCUCAAAAAUGGAUGCAAGUUCUCGGCUGACGAAGAGAGGGUUGUGAUUGAGUUGCAAUCUGAGUUUGGGAACAAAUGGGCGAGAAUCGCUACCUAUUUGCCAGGAAGAACUGAUAACGAUGUGAAGAACUUCUGGAGUAGCAGACAAAAGAGACUCGCUAGGAUUCUUCAUAACUCCUCCUCUGAUGCUUCGACUUCGAGUUUCAAUCCCAAGUCUUCUUCUUCUUCUCAUCGCUCCAAGGGCAAAAACGUCAAACCAAUCCGUCAAUCCUGCAAACCCACUCAGGGUUUUGGUUUGGUUGAGGAAGAGGUUACAGUUUCUUAUUCAUCUGAUCAAGUUCAUGACGAAGCCCUGAGGUUGCCGGAUUUGGGUAUUAAAUUAGAGCAUCAGCCUUUCACUUUUGGCACUGAUCUUGUUCUAGCUGACUUCUCUGACUCACAUGAUGAUGCAAAUCAGCAAGCCAUUAUCCCUUUCUCUCCUGAAAGCAGAGAGCUUUUGGCUAGACUUGACGACCCUUUUUACUAUGAUAUACUUGGACCAGCCGACUCUUCUGAGCCAUUGUUCGCUCUUCCUCAGCCGUUUUUCGAGCCAUCUCCUGCGCCUAGAAGAUGCAGACAUGUUUCAAAGGAUGAAGAACAUGAUGAUGAUGUUUUCUUACACGAUUUCCCCGCUGACAUGUUUGAUCAGGUUGAUCCAAUUCGGAGUCCUUAG